ACUAUAAUGUCUGUGAGGUGAGCAGGCAUGCAGAAGCCCUCUCCAUGCGCAGAAAGUAAUUUGCUCCACAGUGACAAUGUUCAUAUGUAUAAAGCCCCAAAGAGGCACAAGUAGGCUUCUCUCUUCAUGUGCAAGGACCCUGCAUGAGCAUCAUGAUCAAAAAGAAGGAAAUUGGAUUCAGUCUCAGUACAGUUAUCAUUUUUCUUUGUUUUAAAGUCCAAUUAGUGUUGAGAAUUUACUCCUUGUUGACUCCAUUUGUUGCUUUCAGACACUGAUAUAGCAGAAUGCAGAGAAAGAACUUCACAGAAGUGUCAGAAUUCAUCUUCUUGGGAUUUUCUAGCUUUGGAAAGCAUCAGAUAACCCUCUUUGUGGUUUUCCUAACUGUCUACAUUUUAACUCUGGUUGCUAACAUCAUCAUUGUGACUAUCAUCUGCAUUGACCAUCAUCUCCACACUCCCAUGUAUUUCUUCCUAAGCAUGCUGGCUAGUUCAGAGACGGUGUACACACUGGUCAUUGUGCCACGAAUGCUUUUGAGCCUCAUUUUUCAUAACCAACCUAUCUCCUUGGCAGGCUGUGCUACACAAAUGUUCUUUUUUGUUAUCUUGGCCACUAAUAAUUGCUUCCUGCUUACUGCAAUGGGGUAUGACCGCUAUGUGGCCAUCUGCAGACCCCUGAGAUACACUGUCAUCAUGAGCAAGGGACUAUGUGCCCAGCUGGUGUGUGGGUCCUUUGGCAUUGGUCCGACUAUGGCAGUUCUCCAUGUGACAGCCAUGUUCAAUUUGCCAUUCUGUGGCACAGUGGUAGACCACUUCUUUUGUGACAUUUACCCAGUCAUGAAACUUUCUUGCACUGAUACCACUAUCAAUGAGAUAAUAAAUUAUGGUGUAAGUUCAUUUGUGAUUUUUGUGCCCAUAGGCCUGAUAUUUAUCUCCUAUGUCCUUGUCAUCUCUUCCAUCCUUCAAAUUGCCUCAGCUGAGGGCCGGAAGAAGACCUUUGCCACCUGUGCCUCCCACCUCACUGUGGUUAUUGUCCACUGUGGCUGUGCCUCCAUUGCCUACCUCAAGCUGAAGUCAGAAAGUUCAAUAGAAAAAGACCUUGUUCUCUCAGUGACGUACACCAUCAUCACUCCCUUGCUGAACCCUGUUGUUUACAGUCUGAGAAACAAGGAGGUAAAGGAUGCCCUAUGCAGAGUUGUGGGCAGAAAUAUUUCUUAAUGGAUUGGAUUAUUUUAUUAAGAGACCAUUAGCCCAGUGUAGUGUGUCUACUCACAAACACGCCACAAUACACAAGUUCAUCAAAUAUAAUAUUUGUUGAGAAUACUGUCAAAGAAUAGAAAUGCCUGUCUGUUUAGUGUUCUAGGCAUGGCAGAAAGCAGGAUUUCUGCUCUGGUGAAUUUUGUUACCAGAUACAAGAAUCACUCCAAGCUGGAUUAAGACUACUUGUUUCUGUGCUUGAAGAUUUCAGUUUUGAAAGCUUUUUGGCUCCCAUUUUACCUGAACUCUCUGACAGUCAAAUCUUUGAGCUUGUCUGGUUAGGGGAUGUGGAGUAGAGACAGUGGGAACAUAGGUGGCAGCGGUGUUAGGGAAAUAAGCCGCAGAGACACCAACCUUUAUUUCUCUCUGCUUACAUAAAAAAGAAAGCUUUCAUUCUCAGGAGUCAAAUAAUAUUCCAUGUGACAGUCAUUUUGUAAUUAUAUCUUAAUUCUUGCGGAUUGAAAAAUGAACAGCUUUGAAAAAAAAGUCUCUUCUUUUAUUAUCCAGCUGUAUUCGCUCCUCAAGUGUUCAUUUCUAUGUGUAUUCCUUCCUUCUGUGCAACCAAGGCAGAAAUCUCUGCUGUUCCCUAGGGGAUAAGCAGAAAGAACACAUACUGGUGGCUUUUCUCUGAAACUACAUUUUUAUCCAGAUGCACUUUUCAUGAAGACUCGUCUCUUUUCAACUUAUGGUAGCUUUUUAGAUUUUUAAUUUAUAUGUAGUAGCUUCAGUGACAUUGAAGUUGUUGUCUUAGAUAUUGGUUGUACUAAUUCUAGGGUCCAAGAUAAAUGCCAUUAACUUCCAUUCUCUCAGCAAACUGUGCAAGCUUCAUAUUUCUCCAGAUAUUUAUUUGUAAAAUAAGCAUAACUAUGCUACAUUAUUGUAUACCCUCAAUGGGAAACAUUGUGGGAAUAUUUUGUUUUAUGAAUCUUCCCACCAGAGUUUAUCUCUACUCUGAGACAGAGCUGGAAGGUACUUUCUAAGAGACACAGAUAUGGAAACAUCUGUUUUCACACACUCAUGACAUCUACUGUUGUUCCAUCCUCAAGUCAGUUCCUAUCUCUUACUCUCGAGUUUUAUUUUUCUGUUCCUAACCACAGAAAUAUGGUUAAGUGUCUUUUAGGUGACCUGUGAUCUUCUCUGUCUUCUACAGAUCCCUUUGUGAGGAGGUCACAAACUGGAGGUGAAGGGUCUCUGCACAGAGUCCCCUUGAUCCCCAACUGGCUGUCCCAGUUGGAUAACAUCACAGCUGAUAGCAGGGUCUCCCUACUGACCAGCCUGAUGUCCUUCCCAAAAGAUGUCUUAACCUGAGGUUCAUAGUUUUCUAGGGGGUGCCUGGGCGGGUGUCAGAGGAUUUUUGAACUUUUUUGAAAUUAUUCACUACAUUUCUAAUAUAGGUGUUAAUGUGACCUUUUCAUCGUAUUCUUAGAGAGUUAAUUCUGGCAUAAGUAUUUCUUCCCUCAAAUCCAAACAGAAAUAUGAGACCAGAUCCAACUUUCUUCCUUCAGAGACUAUUGAUAUCUACAAUAUCCUUACACCCUCUUAAAUAAGGAUCCUUUGACCUGGUCCAGUUUUGCCUAUAUAGGCAUUGCUGUUCUUACACUAGUUAGAGAAUAUGGAAGGUAUGGGUGGUUCUCAGCUUGGAGGUUGAGGAAUAAUGGGUUAUGGGGGAAUAUCAGAGGCCAAGUGUGGUCUUAUUGAAAGUUUUUCUGUCUUCUUCCAUCCCUUCCUGUAUUCCCUCCUGUAUUCCUUAAGUAUUUCAAUACAAUUCCUGCUCCUCCAACACUUUGUAGAUGAGUGAAUACCCCACUAGUGUUCGUUGUUUUACAUACUUCGCAUGGAUUUAGACUCACUAGAGAAAGCAGCAUCUACAGGCAAAGUGCAAUAGCAUAAGAGUGGGUAGGUUUAUGUGGUCACAGGUCCCUCCUGGAGGAUGAAUUAGGAAGAGUGAGUCAUUUUGUUGCUGCUUCCUAUUGUCUAUGCAAAAUGCUUAUAUUGAUAGUAAAUGUGGCAUUAUUUUCACUAUCUCAAUUGUUUUGUUGUCUUUAUUUGUUGCACUCAUCCUGAGUGCAUGAUUAUUCCCCAAUGUCUCACUCUAUCCAUACUCCUUUAUUUUUCUUCCUUUGUACAUUUCAAAUACUUUUAUUAUUUUAAUAUGUUUUUUGUUAAGCUCUUUUAUUCACCAGAAACAUAGUCAUAAUAUCACAUAUUUAUUAAAUCUAUUUACCUAUUUCAAGCACUAUGUGUCAAGCAAUUAACUAUCUCUGGGGUUACAUUAACGACUAAUGCGGAGAUUCUGUUUCAUGUAAUUCACAGUCCAGUGGGAAAGCAGACAAAAUAACAAGAAGUACAAAAACUUGCUAAAGGCACAUGCACAGGAUUGUUGUUUGGGGUCAGAGGCGUUGUUCAGAAAAGGAAUCUAUUUAGAAGGUCAGAAAACAUUCAUAGAGAGGUGAUAUUUAAUUAACUUUUUGUGGCAUUGGGUCAACUGGUGUCUGCAAAGGAUGAGGGAAGAUGAUAAGGGAAAGAGAAGAGUCUGACAGAGACACACUAACCUUAAAAAUGCAGAAGUGUUAGUUGGGCAGGUGUUUUAUUCACCUGUAUGCCCAUUGCCCUGUUGAAUACUAGUCUGGCAAAAAGUAAGUGCUUAAUAUACCUUUGCAUAAAUGAAUGUGUGAACAUCUAUUGAGUAUAAAGUCUUGUCCAAGGGUUUCCUCAGGUGUAUUUUUUGAUAGAUACAUCUUGUUAUAUUCUUUCUGUUUGUCUGAUAGACUCCUUUUACCUAAAAUCAAGUAACAGAGAAAAUAACAGAGUACAGGUGACAAUCCUGAGUGCAUACUUGAAGUUAUUUGCCUUCAUUGCAGGAUUGCCUAAUAAACUCAGCUGACUAUUUAUCAUAUAUUUACAUUAGUUAGUCACUUAAAAUUGCACACUGGAUUAAUAUGUUUUAGCUAUAAGCAGGACCAUUAUUUUGACAAUCUUUAAAAUAAUUGCUUGAUAGCUUGACAUAUAAAAUCAAGAGUUAAGACAUUUAAACAUUUAUCUUUAGGAAAAUUAUGAAAAGACUAUUAUGGAUCUUAUAACUUCUGUAAAUGAUUUUUACAGUGUUGAUUUUGUAACUUCUUUAGAGAAAAACUAGUUUUACCUGAUAUCCUUUUACAUUCAUCACUUGUAACCUAUAAUGGAUUAGAGGAGACGAUGGCUCCAUCCCUCCCAACAAUGAGUGGAAUAAAACAUUUUAUUGAUGGGUGCAAAUGUUUCUGGGAGAAGAGAAAGCAUGGAAGUGGGCAGGAGAGAUAAACUUAAGCCAAGGAUAAGCAGGUAGUAUGUGUCACAGAGAGCUUAACUUUGAAAAUGACAUGUUUAAAGGGUACAAGAACCUAAGUUAGUUUUGUUGUGCCGCUAAGGUGUGAACACAAGUGUGAGUGUGUGCGGUGUGUGUGUAUAUGUAUACAUGCAUGCACAUGUAUAUUUUUGUGGGAGGGUGCUAACAUUUAAAAGCUUUAGGUAUAAUGGGCAUUGCGAUAAAAUGCUUUAUUUGCAUUAUUUCAUUUAAUAACGAUCUUUAAUGUUUAUAUAGCUCUUUAGAGUUUACAAAGGUCUUUUGUGUUCAUCAUCCCAUUUGAUUCUUAUAACACUCCUGUAAGGUACUAGUCCCACAGUUUUCGGAUAUAUCCAUUGCAAAUGGUAGUUUAAAUUACUUUUCCAAGGUCAUAUUCAUUGUUAGAACUAGCAGUAGGACUAAAAUAGAAGUGAGCCUUAACUAUAAAUCUAGUAAUUCUGAAUUCCAUGCUUUUUAUUCUUUGUCCAUUUUUAUUACUUCAUCCAUUCAUUCAAACACACGUGUGCAUGUGCCUGCGUGUGCAUGCACGCACGCACACACACACACUGUAUUAAUUCUUAUCAGAGAAUAAAGUCCAAAGAAUAAACUUUAUUUUUGAGAUCCUAAAACUUCAUUUCACUCAGAAUUGAUGAACUUCUUCUAAAAUGUUCUAAUUCCUUCCCUGACCCUGUAAAUAAAAUAUAUUGAUGAUCAUGAAUGUAUUUUUUAAAAACGUUUACCAUGGGCACUUAACUGUAUCUUGUGUUGUGGUUCAGUGAUAU